GCCUGAAUACAGAGAGGAGAGAGCUGUCCUGGAUUGCAAUGGCAGGGCUGUGCCUGUUCUGGAUAUUGGUGGGCCCCACUGCCGCCCUCCAGGUGAUCUUGCCAGAAUCUUCAGUUUACAUCUCUGCUGGGAAUACAGCUUUACUCUCUGCCUCCUUGAAUUUUUCUCCUCCGGUGCCAAAUUACUUCCAGUUGCGCUGGCGUUUUGUCACUGGCAGCUGGCUGGUGCUGAAGCUCAAGGCGAAUAAUUGCAUGGCAAAGAAUGGAACCCAACACUGGAGGGACUCCUGUGUGAUCAGCAUUGAAGCAACGGAGAGAUACAGGCAACGAGCCAAGCUGUCGUCCAACGAUGCUUCGCUGGUACUCCAGGAUGUGAGGACUGAGGAUUCAGGGAUCUACAGCGUCACAGUGCUGGCUCUGGACAUGACCUCAUCAGCUACCAUCAGUCUGGCAGUGACCAAAGUGGAUCCAGAUAUCCCUGUCUCUUUUGUGAAAGCAGCAGAUGAUGGGGGCUAUACACUGUCCAAUUCCAUACAGCUGGGUUUGGCUGGACUGAUCCUCUGUCUCCUCGGACUCAUCAUAGCAGAGGCGCAGUUUUCGAUCUACAUCAGUGCAGACAUCGAGCAUUUGAUCUUCGAUAUUUCCACAACAAAGCUGCGAACAAUAGUGCUGCUAAUGGUAGAAGUAGAAAAAGCCAGUACAGCCCUGCAAAGACAGAGAGAGAGAGAAAGGGAAAUGUGAACAUUCUGAUGGAGCCAGUGUAUGGUUGGAGGAGGGCACACGACAGAAUAAUCCAAGCAGGCUUGCUCAGCAACUGAAUGGCAGACCUCCGGAGAGGUAUUUACAUAAGUAAGGAGUUUUUGAGAGGCAUCCAUCAAGAGCCUAGGUUCAAUUGCUAAAAGAUUGCUUCUCCCAGUAUCAACCUGUGAAACAGCUCCACUCCUCAGAACAACAGCUAUUGAUUAUUCCUUCCUGUAGGGUAGUGAAGACAGUCACUGCUAGAUCUAGGUUUUUUUUUCAGUGGCUGCUCCUAUUUUAAAGAACAGCCUUUGGAAGGCUUCCACUUCGUUCAUAUUCCACAAGUUAUUCAAGGCAGAAUUGUUCAGGAGAGCUUUUGAUACUACCAUCUAUGUUUGUUGAGAGCCAGUUUGGUGUAGUGGUUAAGAGCGCAGGACUCAAAACCAGGUUUGAUUCCUCACCCCUCCACUUGAAGCCAACUGGGUGACCUUAGACUAGUCACAGCUCUCUGGAGCUCUCUCAGCUGGAGCAGCCAUGUGACCAUUUUCAAGAGGUUCUGGAACUCCGUUCCACCACGUUCCAGCUGAAAAAAAGCCCUGAAUAAAGCCCAUAUAGAUCAUCUAUAAGACUAAGGCCCCACCCACCUCACAGGGUGUUUUGUUGUGGGCAGGGCUUUUUUUUCUGGGAAAAGAGGUGGGGGAACUCAGUGGGUUGCCCUCGGAGAAAAUGGUCACAUGGCUGGUGGCCCC